AUGUAUUCUCAUAUUGUCAAUGCAAAUGUGCUAACACCUAUCUGUGAUAAAGAUAUUAAUGAAACUUAUUUUCAAUCAUUAUGGGCAACGAAUUCAGAAGAAUUUCAUCGUGUCACAAUUCUUUCUGAUGUUCUACCCAUUUUAUUAGCACUAGUUCAUGAUGGAAAAGCAAAUGGUCAAGUAGAUAUUUGUAACAAAGGUACAAUAUCAUUGAAAUAUUUUCAAAAGCUAAAUUCCAAUGAAAUUAAACAAGAAGAUGUUAUACCUCAGUCAAUUGAAGUAGAAUAUAUUACUGACAAAUUCGCUGAAUGGAGUAAACAAAUGAUUUCACCUGAAACACGACAACUUUACCAGGCAUAA